UUUACUUCCUUAGGCCACUUGGAUCUAGCCUCUACCAUGAACUAAGCGCAGCAGAGAGAUUUACAAGCUACCACUUCUGAACACGUCAUGCGUCGCGUCAGGUGUGCAGCAGUUCCCUUGAGUGAUUGGACGAGGUGCUGAGCUGAGUGAUCAGCAGUACGGUGCACAGUGUGCUGAGGAGCGGCUGUAGUCAGGAGGAGCUUCGUGGCGACUGUGGGCAUAUGACAAAAUGGCAGGCCUUGGUUGUUGGAAUCAAACUUCUAGGGUGCCAAGUUUUGCUCAGAUGCUUAAAAAAAAUUUGCCUGUUCAAGCACCAUGUCCUGCUGUAAACAAAGCAUCCACACCUUCACUGUGCAGUGAUACACUGGAUGGGACUUCAAAAGUGACUCCAGUUACAGGUAUUUUUCCGGAACCAUAUUUAUCCAAAGUAGUUUUGCCUGCACCAACAAAUUCUUUACCAGUUAAAAAAAUUCCAAGAGAAUUCAUUGUGAAAUACAGGCGUGGUGAGCUGAAUCCAGUUUCUGCUUUACAUCAGUUUGCACAACUGCAGCGCAUGGAACUUGAGCUGAAAGAGACUGUAACUACAGGAAAUGUCUUUGGUGCCUAUUUUGCAUUUUGUGCUGUCGUUGAUGGAAUUGAGUACAAGACUGGAAUGGGACAAAAUAAAAAAGAAGCAAAAGCAAAUGCAUCAAAAUUGGCACUAGAUGAACUUCUUCAGUAUGAGGACUCUGAACACCAAGCUCAACCUUCAGUAAGUAACAAUGUGUGUGCUAUUGGAGGCCCUCCUUUAUUGCCAGUGGAACCAAAUGUCUCAGCCGAGCCUUCAAGUGGUUCAAGAACACGAGUUGAUAAACGUUCUUUUGUUCAUGAACAGAUAUGUUCUUUAAUAAAAGAGAAGGUUACUGAACUGUUGUCUAAAUAUCCAGAGUAUGAAAGUUGCAGCAGUUCUUUGGCUACAUUUGUGAUGGAAAAGGAUGGUCAACAUUGGGAAGUGGUUGCUAUAGGCACAGGAGAUUCUAACUUCGGACAGAGCUCUCAGAAUGAUGGGCGAAUUCUUCAUGACUCUCAUGGUAUAGUUUCUGCGAGACGUUCUUUAUUAAGGUAUUUUUACAGACAGCUUCUCCUUUUCUAUAGUGGAAAUACUACUAUGAUGAAAAAGUCUAUUUUCUGCAGGCAACCAGCAACCACUUUCCUUACUCUUAAACAAAAUGUGAAUCUCUAUCUAUAUAUGAAUCAACUUCCAAAAGGAGCUGCCCAAAUAAAUACACAACUGUAUCUCAGUCCCCAUUCUCUUUCUGCACAUGAAACUAAUGACAAAUUAGGCCUUCAUGUUUCCUUGGAGGGGAUAAGUUAUCCUGCGGCUUACUAUCCACACAACAUUUUCAGCCACAUAAGCAGCAUGUCUUCCACUGACAAACUAACCAAAUGGGAAGUUCUGGGGGUUCAAGGAGCACUUCUGAGCAUAUUCAUACAGCCUGUAUACAUCAGCAGCAUUAUUGUGGGCAAUGUAAAUUGCACAGACACCAGAGGACUGGAAAUAGCUAUAAAGCAACGCAUUGACGAUGCCCUUACCUCAAGAUUGCCAAUGUUUUACCUAGUGAACAGACCUUACAUAAGCAUUGUCACUGCUACCCACUCAGUGCCGACUGCUACAAUUAAUCGCUCGUUAAGUCUGAAUUGGUCACAGGGGGAUAGUUCAUUGGAAGUUGUGGAUGCAUUCCAAGGAAAAAUUACUGACAGCUCCCCAUUUAAAAGUGGGAAAUCAAUGGCAAGCCGACUGUGCAAAGCUGCUAUGUUAAGUCGUUUCAACUUACUUGUAAAGGAAUCAAAAAGAGAGGAUAUCGUUCUUGGUCUGUCUUAUCAUGAAGCAAAGUUAAAAUGCAAGAGACUACAUAAUACUGAAAAAUCUGAGAUGAAUUUGCUUACUGAACUUCCCAGUUGCAAAAGAUAUACUCCAGCAUUGGCCCAUAACAGGCCAGGGCGUUUAUGGAGCAGUUACUCUGAAAGAAACAUGAAAAAAUAAUAGCUGAAAUAUUGUGAAAUUUCAAGUUAGAAUGUACAUACGAACUUCCACAUCGUCUUUUGCUGCCCGCAGAAUAGCCCGAUUAUCUGCCGUUACUGGAGUUCCUUGUGAGAAAACAAGGCACGUCAACACCAGCAAACAGAAUGCUUGAAACUUAUACAUUGCAAUUAACUUCCAAAUCAACGUUCAGCUACUAUACAAAUAUUGCUAAUGAGAUAUAAACAGUUCCCAGAGAAGAAUUUAUAUUCUUAUUUGUGGAAAUAAAUUGUGAGGGUGGGAAGAGAAAGUUUAGAUAUUACAAGUAGUUGAACUGCUGCAUUACCUGUGAGGCAAUAAAUAUUACUUUCAUUCCCUC